GAAUGUCGGCACCAUAAUGAUGAGUGAGAUGUGUCGUCGCAAACGAAUACUAAAGAAAUACCAUAAUCGUGCGGUGUGUCUUUUAUAUCAUGUCCCCGUUGAGGAUGUGUAUCUCUACUUCUCUUAGGGCCGGUUGUUCCAUCUUUCGGUAAAUCUCGGCUUAUUCGAUAGAUUAUUACCUAUAGGAUAAAUCUUAUCCGGCAGUUUACCAACUACUUAUACAUGAGCGUUGUUCCACGACUAUUUAUCCUACUGAUAGUUACCUGUUGGUUAAGAGCGAUAUAUCGCGAUAUUUAUUUCCGGAAACGUUUGGCAGCAACUUCAAGUGGGUGCAAACUAACCUAUCACUGAAUUUACUUGGCUGCGUUCAGCGGCCAAUGUAUUGAUAUGUGUUUACCUUCGACAAUCUUAAUCUUUAUUUUCUGAGAUGACCGAAAAAAAAAAGAGAGAGAGAGGUUCCAAUUUCUCUAACAAAGAAGUUGAGAUAUUGGUUUCAAUAAUUCAAGAGUUUAAAAAUAUAAUAGAGUGCAAAAAAACAGAUGCCACAACUUGGCGAGAUAAAGAUGCUGCAUGGGAAAAUGUAGCGAAGGCAUUUAAUUCCAGUUCUGGUGAAGUUUUUCGAUUGAAAAAAGCAUUAAAAGCAAAAUAUGAAGAUAUUAAGAAAAACGUUAAGAAGAAAUUAGCACAUAAUAGAUUAGAAACCUUCAAGACUGGUGGAGGUGAACCACAAAUUCGUUCCUUAACUGGUAUCGAAGAAAAUAUUAUUUCGAUGCUACCAUCAUCUAUAGAAGGUUUACCAUCUGUGUGGGAUAGCGAUCAACUAGAAACGAGCCAAAAAGAUGCAAUAAAUGUAGGUAUACAGCAACAUUCUACGAAUGCAAACGACACUAUACAGGUGGAUGAUACUCAUGUGAAGAUGAUUAGUCCUACAGGAUCAGUUGAUGAACAAUUUCAUAUGGAAUUCUUAAUCACUUCUGAUAAAGAAAAUAAUGAAGAAAAUGAGAAUAAGUCUGACAACCAAGAUUGUAAUCAAGGAACUGAGAAGAAAAGAUACGAGACUGGUGUUUCUAUGUUGAAAAAGAAAAUAACACCAGAGUUACGCACUGGCAAAAGGUUGAAAAAAUUGCAUCAGCCACUUGGCAUGCAUGAAACCUCAGGACGAGACCGAGAAAUGAAAGAAGAACUUCAUCAACUAAGAAUAAACAUAUUGAAAAAAGAACUAGAAAUUAAAGAAAAACAAUUUUUCGCAGAAAUCGAGAUAAAUACAGAACGAUUAAAAACUGCUAAAGUUGAAGGCGAAAUGAGGGUUUUGCAAAAACAAAUAAAGGAAGCUAAAUUAAAAAAACUACAUUGUUACGUUACGAUAAAUAUGGCUAUAUGA